AUGGGGAAUUCUACAUAUUCAUUUUGUACAUCAUCUCAGUUACAUUUUCCUAUUCAUAUUAAAAUUGGAACAAUUAAAGGCAAUCUUUCAGCAAUAUUUAAUAGUAUAGAUUAUCUUAAAAAUCAAAAUGAAGAUAAAAAAGAUUUUUUUCCGGAUCUUUUUGUUACAGUUCAACUUUAUUCAGAUAAUAAAGCUUUAACAUUGCCAAAUAGAACACGUUAUAAGAAUUUUAAAUAUAAGAAAAUAUGGAACGAAUGGCUUUCAUUUCCAUUAAAUUAUUCAGAUCUUCCAUUAAACGCACAAUUUGCAAUAGUAAUUAAUGAUGCUUAUGGAUCUAAAUUAAAUAGACCUUUUGCUAGUACAACAGUGAAACUAUUUUCACCUGAUAAAACAUUAAAAACGGGCCUUCAGAAGCUUAAUUUAUUUAUUGGUGUUCCAGCAGAUGGAAAUAAUGAUUCAAGUACAUCUGAUGAUAUUUCUUUUCCAAAUGAUAUGAAUCAUUUGGAAAUGCUUGUUAAAAAGUAUGAAGCAGGAGAUAUACAAAAAGUUAAAUGGCUGGACAAUCUUGCUUUUCAUCAAAUUGAAAAAAUACGUCAAAAACAUCUUGAUAAGCUUGAGUCUUUAGUACUUUACAUUGAUUUUCCUCAAUUUGAUUUUCCUAUUUUGUUUUCAGAAUAUGAAUAUCCAGCUGCUCUUAGUUUUUCAUUUAAUGAAAAACUAUCAUCUUCUAAACUUAUUCUUACACCUCCAGAUCCUGAAUUAUUUAGGGAAAAUUUAAUUGAGACUAAAUACAGAUGUUUAAUAAGAUCACAUAAAAAUGGGCCAUUAGACAGAGAGCUAAAGCCUAAUUCUAAUAUAAGAGAUCAACUUAAUAUAAUAAUGACAUUUCCUCCAACUCAGGAAUUAACUUCUGAAGAGAAAGAUUUAAUAUGGAAAUUUAGAUUUUAUCUUACUAGAGAUAAAAGGGCUUUGGCAAAAUUUCUUAAAGCUGUUGUAUGGACAGAUGUUAUUGAAGUGAAACAGGCCCAUGACCUCCUCAGAUUAUGGACUGAAAUUGAUAUUGAUGAUGCUCUUGAAUUACUUGGUCCUGGAUUUAGAGAUGAUGUUGUUAGAGGCUAUGCUGUAGAUAGACUAAGAAAAGCAGACGAUGAUGACCUGAUGUUAUAUCUUCUGCAACUGGUUCAGGCUCUUCGUUUUGAGAAUCCAACUUUAGAAAUAUCAAAAAUAAAUAACUAUCCAUCAUCUCUUGCUUAUUUUUUAAUUGAAAGAGCUAUUAAAAAUGAAGUACUAGGAAUUAAUUUUUACUGGUAUUUAAUGGUUGAAUGUGAAGAUAAAACAUGUGGAAAGUUAUUUUCAGAAAUUGCUUAUCAAUUUAUGACUAGUUUAAUGGAGGUUCCAAAUGGAUUAAUACGGCAAAAUAUUUUGAAAAGACAGGCAGAAUUGUUAGCAUCAUUGUUGUUUAUAUCUAAAGAAGUUCGUUCUAUAAAAGAAUCACGUCCUAAGAAAAUUGAACGUCUUCGUUAUUAUCUUUCCAAUCCAGAUAAUUGUUUAAUCAAAUUUGAACCUCUUUCACUACCUUUGGAUCCUUCUAUUUCUGUUGUAGGAAUAAUUCCAGCUGAAUCAACUGUGUUUAAAAGUAGUCUUUUUCCUCUUCUUAUAUGUUUUAAAACAACGACUGGAUCAUUAUAUUCCAUUAUUUUUAAGAAUGGUGAUGAUUUGCGACAAGAUCAAUUAGUUAUACAGAUGGUUUCUCUUAUGGAUAAGCUUUUACGUAAUGAAAAUCUUGAUCUUAGAUUAACUCCAUAUAAAAUUCUUGCAACUGGUGUAAAUCAUGGCGCUGUACAAUUCAUACAAAGCAUAAGUUUAAUGACAUGUUUAACUGAAUACAAUGGAAGCAUUCUUGCAUAUUUUAGAUCUAAUAGUCCUGAUAAUUCUUCAGAAUUGGGUGUCAAGGCAGAAGUAAUGGAUACUUAUGUAAAAAGCUGUGCAGGUUACUGUGUAAUAACAUAUUUACUUGGCGUUGGUGAUAGACAUCUUGAUAAUUUGCUUCUGUGUUCUGAUGGCCAUUUUUUUCAUGCAGAUUUUGGUUUUAUUCUUGGAAGAGACCCUAAACCAUUUUCACCAGCAAUGAAACUUUGUAAAGAAAUGGUAGAAGGAAUGGGGGGUGCAUCGUCAUCAUAUUAUUCUCAAUUCAAGUCUUAUUGUUACACUGCAUUCAUUACAUUACGAAAAUCUUCAAACCUUAUUAUAAACUUAUUUGCAUUGAUGUUGGAAUCUAACAUUUCUGAUAUUAAAUAUGGUCCAGAUAAAUCUGUAUUAAAGGUUAUCAAAGAAAGGUUUUGUUUAGAAAUGACUGACGAAGAAGCAAUAAAAUAUUUUCAACAACUCAUUAAUGACUCUGUUUCUGCAUUUUUUCCUGUUCUUAUAGACAGAGUUCAUAAUAUUGCACAAUAUUGGAGAAGCUGA